AUGGCAUUGAAAGACUCAAUCGUUGUGUUUUUGCUUGUUCUCUUCAACGCCAUCAAACCCAGUUACGCUCAAGCAAACCUCAACCUCACUGUGACUUUCUACCCAGAUACCAGCGACUCCUGCAACAGCACUUCCAACGGGAUCAGCUUCACCACGGCCAGCGUACCCAAUACCAACGAAUGCUUCAACCUUGCGGACCUCUUCGCCGGGAACAGCACGUUUGGCUUCCGCAAUCAGACUCCUUCGACUUCGUUUGAUCAAGACUCAGUUGGCCUUUACUGGAGAAUCGAAAACGUCGAUGCAUACGAUUCUCAAGCCAAUUACUCGAACGUCCUCUAUCAGCAACCGGUGACCAACGACAACGAUGGCGAAGCGGCGGGAACAGAUGCUGUGAGGUACCUUUCGGUCUACAACGCACCAGGCUGUAUACCUUCGGGAGAACCAGAAGUCCAGCCGUGGGUAGGCUGGACUUGCAGUAGUUCUGCGGAAGGGGAGUGUGGUGCAUUGCCGUAUAGCGUGGCAAGCUUCAAAGUUGACGACGCCUCGGCGGUCAACGAGAGGGAUGGGAAGUGCUGGAACUUUGCCUUGAGUUUCAGCCCAUAUAUGUCGUCCUUGUAUUCAUUGGAACAUGCUGAGACAAACUUUACGUUCUCCUGCUUCAUCGUCGUCGUCCGUCGAGUGCUCGAUGGACAAGCUCGACAGGGAACCGAAAUGGCCGACUACGUGAAGACCACGAACCUGUAA